AUGUUGUGCGCGAAUGCAGAACAAGAGGGAAACAACAGCGUGAUAGUCUCACAAGUCCCGAACAAUCAUAUGCCGCAAGAUUUCACGGUCUCGCGCCUUUUAUCAACACCGAAUCAUUCAUUAGGUAAGAGUCUAGAAAUCGUCAAUCGCGAAGAAAAUCGCAAACCGCGUCGCUCGCAAAGAGGCGAACAAGCGAAAUAGAUCAAUGCAACGAGAGUGCUGAGGACGCAUUAUCCUGACGCUUUUGUUCGAGAAGAACUGGCGACGCGUGUUUCCUUAUCGGAAGCAAGAGUCCAGGUAUGGUUCCAGAACAGACGCGCAAAAUUUCGUCGAAACGAAAGAAGUUCCGCUAUUAAUCGGGGCAUCCCCUCGACCAAGGAAAUGGAAACCGCCUUACCUUUGCGACCUAUCAGAAUAACACACACCCAAGAAAACAACGCCGAACCUUUACAGACGACUCAAAUGGCUCAAUAUCCAUACGGCGAGUAUUGGAGAUCGUCGCAACACUAUACCUCUAUGCAAACAUCUUCAACCUGUCACGGGUUUAUCAACGGUAAUCUGGGAAACAUGAAUAUUCCCUCUUAUCAUCAGACGGAAAUUCACGGUGGACUGGAAGGAUCUACGAUGAACGGUCUGAACGCACUCAGGUUUAGAACGCAUCCGUACGGACCCGCAUAUUCGGCUAUGCACGCGAGUAUGUGAAACAAAAUGUUUCGAUUCGCGCUGCAACCAA